UGUGCUUUUCAAUCACACUUUGCUAGCUAGUAAGCUAGACGAUCAAAAACCGGAGUUUUUAUCAUGAAUUGCUAACAAUGUACAACCAAUUUCCGCUGCAUAUAUCGUACGCAUCCUUUACAAUCAUCGAAAUUGGACGGUGUUACCGGUAAAGGGUCUGAAGCAACGAAAAUCUGAAGAAACACAUCUACAACUCAGACAACAUGACGAAUGUCCGCGUGAAUUGGGGCGAGCUGUUCCCCAGCAGGAAGAGUGUAUUUAUUUUCUUCACCUACAUGUCACUGUUUGUCAGCCAGGGCAUUCUGGUGACUGCUUCACAGCGUUCCGAUAACUCCUACAGCUAUAAUACCGUGCUAGUUGUGUUGCUUACAGAAACACUGAAACUUGUGAUAUCGACAGGACUUUAUUGUAGAGAAAAUAGCUUUCAAUCGCUUAUCGCGCGAGUGGUUGAGGGAAGCAAUGUGUUGCUACUCUAUUUUGUGCCCGCUUUUCUUUAUUGCCUGUACAACAAUUUAGCGUUUGUGAAUCUUUCCACAUUCGACCCAACGACCUACUAUUUGCUACUUCAGCUGCGCGUAGUUAUAACGGGCAUAUUAUUCCAAAUAAUCUUCAAAAAGUACCUAAGCCGAAAGCAAUGGUUUUCUUUACUCCUUCUUACCGUCGGUUGCAUGCUAAAACAGUGGAACUUUUCUAUGUUCUCUACCACGUCUCAAUCCCUUACGGGAGGCAAUGUUAUACACGGCGAUACAACCGUACGAGCAAACGCUGCUGAACCACAGAACGAAUCCGAGGUGGAUGGUACAUUUCGGGGCAAAAACAUUUCCGGAUUCGAUUUAAGCUACAGUGCCUUGCUUAUUUUGGUUCAAACGGUUUGCUCGUGUCUGGCUGGCGUUUACAACGAAUAUCUGCUGAAGAAGAAAGGUUCCGAUAUCAACAUCUACGUACAGAACGUUUUUAUGUACCUGGACUCUAUUGUGUGCAACAUGAUGAUUCUAUUGCUGCAAGGUGAACUGGUCGGCGCAUUCACGAGCGAGAAUUUGCGCGAAAUUGCUCGCUUCGAGGUGAUCAUAAUUAUGAUGAAUAAUGCUGCAAUUGGUAUCAUUACCAGUUUCUUUCUGAAGUACAUGAACUCCAUACUGAAAACGUUUGCCAGUGCUCUGGAGCUAAUGUUUACGGCAGUUCUGUGCUACCUGCUGUUUGCGAUACCAGUCUAUCUGAACACGAUUCUGGCAAUCGUCGUUGUUUCGUAUGCUAUCUAUCUGUAUUCACUGAAUCCGGUAGUUAAUUUGGCAAAUACGCCAGCUGCAUCGAAGGCGGUUUUGAAUGCAACACACAGAAAUAAUGAGGAUCGUAAGACGUUGCUUACAAUCGGCAGUGGUAAAAACCGUUCACGAGCAAACGUAAGCGAUUCCGAGGACGAGGACAUUGCUCCUCAGUUGCAAGAGGUAUGAUGCAGGGGAUAGUGUAGUGUAUUAUAUAAAGUGACUUUGAGUAACAUACACCAUAGGAUUGUAUCAUGGCGAACACUAGCAGUGCAAUCUACAAGAUGCAGAAUAUAUUUAUUUCCUUCGUUAGACCAUACAAAUUAGGACUUACUUUACAAAUCAUUACACAACACGAUGCAAAGCAUGCAGGACGAAAAAUAUUACUUCAAUAUAAUGGGUUGACAAUAAAGCCCUCUUGCAUUAUUGGCAAAUAAACACUAAUAUACAUCAAGACCAAUUGUAUUCGUAGCAGUUGCUAACUAAUCCUAAUUGCGAAAGCGCUGAAGAAUGGUUUGCAGUUAUCAAAAUUGCUGCGAUCGACCCCAAUAUGGAUUGUGAGCAAACUAUAUUCUACUAUGUAUUA